AUGGAGAACUGCGAGAGCUCUCUUCAAAUGGAAUGGGCUAUCUAUGGUGGUGACACAGAACGUGUCCGAGAGCUACUAUCAAAGAACGAGGCAGCAAAAGAAGAGCUCGUCGCAUUUAGGGAUGAAAUUGACUUUUGGGUCACCCCGCUUGAACUGGCGGUUGCCCAGAAUCAGCCGGACAUUAUCAAAGUUCUCCUCGAAGCUGGUGUCGACCUAGCUGCAACUGAUGAGUUUGGCCAGCAGGGUUCUGCAUUAGCUCGAGCGGUGCACCACAACAACCAAGCUGCGUUUCAGUUGCUGCUAGAUUGGAACCGUCGGCAUUCAGAAGACCCAGAUGUGCUAAUCGAUACUGCAGCAUGGAUUUGUAUUGCAGCUGCACAGUGGCUUGUUGAAAUGAUGGAAGCUGUCUUGGAUUGCAAAAUCGCCCCGAUUCCACAGCCUGCACUCGACGAUGCCCUUUUUAUUGCCACAGACCCGACCUGGGCGGGGCUCCUUCCAGAUUGGUGGUCCAUCACGGAUGAGCUCGCUGGAAGGCAGGCUGCUAUCAUAGACAUGCUUCUCGAUGCAGGAGCCCAUCCAAACACCCGCCAUACCAAAGAAGAUCAGCGUGAUUGGGUGAAAAUGCGGACUCCACUACUGCAGAUUAUGCGGUACGAAAGAUUGGGCAACUCAGCCAAGGUUCUCCUGCGGAGAGGGGCCGACCCCAACUCCAUCGAUGGUGCUGCUGCUGCUCCUAUACACUACGCCGCUGCAUUCCAAAGCGUAGAGAUUGUUCAGCUCUUGGCUCAACAUGGGGCCCAUAUUAAUGCCUCGGAGGAGAACGGGCUUACUCCAUUACAUAUUGCUGCUUCUCUAGGGCGCAAGGAGGUGGCGGAUUACCUUCUUGAACAUGGUGCAGAUCCGUCAGCAUUGGAGAGGCAUAAUGAAACCCCCUUGUGUUUUGCAGCUGAGGGAGGAUAUAUCGAUAUCGUGCGGCUCCUGGUGGAUAGGUACAAAGUCGACAUACACGCAAGAAACCGAAUGGGAUGGACCGCUCUUCUUUUUGCGAUGAAUGAUGCGGUUCCUUUAGGGAAAGGAGUCAGGGGGCGAAAAAUGAUUGAGUUCCUAUUAUCUAGGGGUGCUGAUAUCCAUGAUACUUCGGCUCAUGGCUGGACUGUUCUCCAUCGGUCAAUCAUCUCUGACGAUGUUUCCCUCGUUGAAUUUGUUCUCCAGAAAGGUGGAAGAGACAAUAUCGAAAUUAAAUCUCUUAGUGGCCGUCAAAAAUCUCACCUUACCUCCGAAUUUUUAAGCAAUAAACUUGACCCCAAAAACGUGCCAGUGGGGUCCAUACCACAGCCACCUUGGGAUAUACCCGUAUCAGGCCAAACCCCGCUCCACUGGGCGGCGGAACGAUGUGUGAAGGAGGUGGUGAGGCUGCUUCUAGAUUAUGGAGCAGAUAUAAAUGCCCAGGAUGGCAAUGGGAGAACCCCUUUAAUGCGAUCUAUUCAAACUAUACAAGAGUCGAGUUCCCUUGAUCGAGAAGCAAUCUGUGGUGUAGUUGGUCUCUUUCUCGACCGCAUGCCCGACCUAGAUAUCAAGGACAAUGGAGGGAACACUGCAAAAGAUUGGGCCACAAAACUUGGCUGGGAGUUUAACUGGGUGACACGCAUAGAUCUAUACUCCAGUAUUCCACCACUGAAUACCUCAAUUACAUUAACAAGACGGCGUUCAGUACCGCGAUGGGGGAGAAGACAAUAUAGUGACAAUAGUGUUAGGCUGUUGAAAAUGUUCUGA